AUGCUUCUCACAUCGCUUCUCCUCACUCCCUAUACGAUCCUUCUUCUACCGGUUCUUUUCUAUCUGCUCCCCUACCUUCGGAACUGGCAGAUUCGCGACAUUCCCGCACCUUUCCCUGCUGCCUGGACCAACCUGUGGCUUCUGUACCAAGCCCGCCGGGGAAGACGUUUCCUUGCUGUCCAUGAAGCACACAAGAAGCUUGGAAAGCUUGUUCGUCUACAGCCACACCAUGUCAGCAUCGCGGAUGCCGACGCCAUCACACAAGUCUACGGCCACGGUAAUGGAUUUUUGAAGAGUGAGUACUAUGACGCCUUUGUAUCGAUUAGGAGGGGCCUGUUCAACACGCGAGAUCGCGCCGAACACACAAGAAAGAGGAAGACGGUGGCCCACACCUUUUCUGCAAAGAGUGUUCUCCAAUUCGAACAGUACAUCCACCACAACCUAGCUAUGCUGCAGAAGCAAUGGGACACUCGUGCCGACAGCGUCAAGGGGGGGUGGUAUCAGAUGGAUGCGUUGAACUGGUUCAACUACCUCGCCUUCGACGUCAUUGGUGACUUGGCCUUUGGAGCCCCCUUUGGCAUGCUGGAAAAAGGCCGGGAUGAAGCAGAGGUCAGCAUAGGAGGAAAAAUCACCUAUGCACCGGCUAUUGAGGUGUUGAAUCGAAGGGGAGAAGUCAGCGGAACCAUUGGAUGUUUCCCUGCCAUCAAGCCCUAUGCCAAAUAUUUCCCGGACCCCUUCUUCAGCCAAGGUAUGAAAGCCAUUGAGAAUCUUGCAGGUAUGGCAAUUGCCCGUGUAAAUGCCCGUCUGGAGAAACCAUCCGACCGUGUGGACCUACUCGCCCGACUCAUGGAGGGCCGCGAUGAAAGUGGCAACAAACUAGGUCGUGAAGAGCUCACCGCAGAGGCCUUGACCCAAUUGAUUGCUGGUUCGGACACUACUUCAAACACCUCGUGCGCACUCCUCUACCACUGUUUGACACACCCCGAAGUCAUCACAAAGCUGCAGCAAGAACUAGAUGCCGCGCUACCAGACCCGGACGCCGUUCCUACCUACGCCCAAGUCAAGGACCUGCCAUACUUGGAUGCUGUUAUCAAAGAGACAAUGCGCAUCCACAGCACAUCUUCUCUGGGUCUCCCACGCCUCGUCCCCCCUGGUCCUGGUGCCACCAUCCUAGGCCGUCACUACCCCGCAGGCACCGCUCUCUCUGUACCGGCAUACACCAUCCAUCACUCGACCGAGAUCUGGGGCCCAGACGCAGAUACUUUCCGUCCUGAGCGCUGGGAGAAGCUUACGGAGAGGCAAAAGAGCGCAUUCAUUCCAUUUAGCUACGGUCCCAGGGCAUGUGUAGGAAGAAACGUAGCCGAGAUGGAGCUGGCACUGAUUGUGUCGACGGUCUUCAGGCGGUAUGAGUUUGAGCUGAGACAGGGUGCGAUGGACACCCGGGAGGGAUUCCUCCGGAAGCCAGUCGCCCUGGAAGUUGGUAUGCGUAAGAGGAGUUUUGCCUAGGGGCAAGACGUGCCGCAUGGAUCCGAUUAGACGAUUUGACAGCCCUGGAAUGGCCCUGUAAUACUUCAAGAAAC